AUGGAAUUUGAUACUAUUGAAGAUGCAUGGCAAUUUUGGAUGGCUUAUGGUGCGAGAAAUGGUUUUGAUAGUCGAAAGCAAUGGUUUAAUAAGAACAAAAAAGAUGGAAAAAUAUCAUCCGCCCGAUUUGUUUGCAAUAAAGAGGGAUCACGAAGAGAAGACAAACGUGACAAUUUGACUAAACAUCCUCGAGCUGAGACUAGAACAAAUUGUCCUGCACGCGUAGGAAUCACCUUUGUGAAGGAAAGCGAAAAAUAUAAGAUACAUGAUCUUGUAGUUGAUCAUAAUCACUAUCUUCAUCUUUCAGAGACUGCCCAUAUGAUGUCAUCUCAACGGAAAAUAUCGAAAGCGCAAGCAUUUGAAAUUGAUCUGGCUGAUGCAUCCGGAAUUAAGACAAAAUCAUCUUAUGAACUAAUGAGUAGACAUAAUGGAGGAAAAUCAAGCGUUGGCUAUAUUUUAUUGGACCAAAAGAAUUAUCUUCGACGUAAACGACAACGAGACUUAAUGUAUGGAGAAGCCGGAAGCUUGUUAAGGUACUUUCAACAACAAUCAUUAGAUAAUCCGUCUUUUUUUUAUGCUGUUCAGUUGGAUGAAGAUGAACAAAUAACAAAUAUUUUUUGGGCUGAUGCAAGAAUGAUAAUUGAUUAUGCUCAUUUUGGUGAUGUGAUUACUUUUGACACCACAUAUAGCACAAAUAAAGAAUUUAGGCCUCUUGGUGUAUUUAUAGGCUUCAAUCAUCAUCGAGAAAUUACUAUUUUUGGGGCUGCUCUUUUAUACGAUGAGACAUGUGAAUCUUUUGCAUGGUUGUUUAGAACAUUUUUAGAGGCCCACAAGCAAAAGAAGCCAAAAACUAUCUUCACUGAUCAAGAUCUAGCAAUGGCUAGUGCCUUGACUGAAAUAAUGCCAGAAACAUAUCAUGGCUUAUGUACUUGGCAUAUAAUGCAAAAUGCUGUUAAGAAUUUAGGAAAUUUGUUGAAGGAUGGUUCAAAUCUUCUUAAAGACUUGAAAGCUUGUAUUUAUGCGUAUGAUGAAGAAGUAACAUUUCAAGCCGCUUGGGAAGGAGUGCGUAGUACACAACUUAGUGAAAGUUUAAAUGGAGACUUGAAGGAUUAUUUGAAAUCAGAUUUGGACAUUUCUCAAUUUUUUAAGCACUUUGAACGAGUUUUAGAGGAUAAGCGCUAUAAUGAAUUAAAGGCUGAGUAUAGCUCAAGAGAAAAGUUGCCUAAAUUAAGAAUGCAGAAAUCUCCGUUGUUACAACAAGCUGCAAAAAUCUAUACUCCGCCUAUUUUUGAGUUAUUUCAGAAUGAAUAUGACUGGUCAUUAGCAGCCUUCAUAAAAAGUCGACAAGAGAUUCAAGAAAGUUAUGAAUAUAGUGUUGCAAUUUUUGACCGUGAAGGAGUGUACAAUGUCAAAGGGGUUCCAUCAGCAGAAACAGUCACAUGUAGUUGCAAGAAAUUUGAAACUUUUGGUAUUCUAUGUUGUCAUGCUUUGAAAGUUCUUGAUGUGAUGGAUAUAAAACUAAUUCCUGACCAUUACAUUGUGAAGAGGUGGACAAGAAAAGCAAAGAGUGAAAAUGUAGAGAAUGUUAGUGGAAAGAUAGUUCAUGAAGAUGUUAAAUUGGUUGUGACACAACGCUAUAGAUAUCUUUGCUCUAAAUUAGUGAAAUUGGCAUCUGCAGCAUCUGAAUUUGAGGAUACAUAUAAGUUAAUUGAUGAAGCUAUUGAUGAGUUAAACAAGCAAAUUACAGCGAUGGGUUCAAAGUUCAGCAAUUGUUCCGAAGAUAACCAAAAGACAUGUUCCUCCUUGUCAGAAAAAAGAGUUGAGGUGGAAAAUUUGAUUAAGAAUGUGAAGGGCUUAAAGAAAAGAACCGGUCGGAAAGGUCGAAAACGACUAAAAAGUUCGGUUGAAACCCAACAUAAUAAGAAGACAAAGAAAACAAAGAAAGAUCAUCAUAAGAAUGAAAUUAAAAAGAAUUCAGACAAUUUUUCAUUGUUGCCACAAAGUUCAAAUUAUAUGAACAAUUCUUCUCAAAAUACUUUCGAUCAGUUUUAUGUGGCUGUUAUGGGUGGAAGUCAAGUAUUGCCAAUGGAUUCCAUACAAUCAUUGCAUAAGUCAAAUAUUGUAUGAAGUGUUUUUUCAAGAUAAUUACUUUUUUAAAGGCCAUUUAUUUUGAUUCAGAUGUCAAACUAUUUAUAAUGACCAGAGAUAGUUGUAAGUGGUAUUUUAUUAGUUUGUGGUUAUGUCUUCAGAAGAUAUUAUUCUUAAUAUUUUCAAACUCUU